GUUUACUGUCGUGGUCGAAAAAACAUGGUGGUCAAUGAUUGGAUUAUUCUCUCUAUCUGAAAUUAUUUGAUAAUGACGUCAACAGAUGUAGUGUAACUCUCCAAGCAGGUUAGGAUCGUGAUUGACAUCUUCAAAAUGGCGUCUUUACCUGGAAGUGCUGGCUUUGCGGUCAUUGGUGACAAAUCUCUUGAGUUCUACAAAAAUCCUGUGAAAUUUGUCGACAAGAAAAUCAGAGAGAAUAAGUCACGAUUAUUUGUGACAAGAGUUCUCAACAAGCCGGCUGUGGUUAUAGCUUCAUAUUACGGUGUAAAGGAACUUCUUGAUAACCACGCUGAUAAAACGGACCUUGGUUAUCAGUCAUUUAUGGGAGAUGUCUUUGGUGAAAACAUAUUGUAUUCAGAUGGAGAAAAGGCAGCCAAGCUGAGGCAGCUCAUGUCCCAUCUCUUCAAUGACGCUGCCGUGAAGAAUUUCCAUGUGACUGUCGACAGAUUAGUGAACAAACUACUGGCUGGGAUAGAUGAAGCUGAAUCUCCUCUACCUGUGUAUACAUACUUCAAACAACUGACCACCGAGAUUUGCCUGACUCUUUUCUUGGACCUAGACUUUGAACAGUCCCAGGAGCUAGCCAGUCAGAUCAUCCAACUGACAACGCAACACUGGCAUGGUAUCAUAUCAAUUCCAAUGAAGUUGAAGCUGCCUCUACCUGGCUUCUCUACCUACUCAUCUGGUUAUGGCAAGGCCAUUGAAGCCAAGGAAGCUUUAUCAAAUAUCAUCGACAAGAAGUUGUCUGUAUCUCCGAGAGGUCUCUGCGCAAAGUUUGCUGAUACUAAUUUCCCAUCACCUGAAGAUGCCAACAACAACCUAUUGCUGUUCACGUGUGCUCUCGUUCCCAAAGCACUAGCUGCGGUGAUGACCUCUUUUGUUCUCGCAGCAAACCUCUAUGAAAAGGGUGACCUUUUGUCAAAGAUAGAAAAAGAUCCAGAAUACCAUGAUCGUUUCCUUCUCGAGGUCUUGCGUCUAUGGCCGCCAUUUUUUGGCGGUCGGCGCCUGGCGAACGAAGACAUAGAAUGCCAGGGAUAUCGGAUCCCCAAAGGUUACUCAGUGCUUUACACGACAACAGCUGCCCAUCGUGAUCCUGAGGCGUUUGAUAAUCCGGAUGGAUUUGAUCCCUCAAGAUGGAGAGACAAGCAAGAUAUUGAUAAGCUCCUGUGUUUUGGAUUUGGACCAAGAAUAUGUAUUGGCCGGACGUUUGUUUGGGAUAUUCUGAAGACGACCACUCUUAAAGUUCUUUCACAUUUCUCUUGGAAUGUGCCCGACGGACAAUCUCUUAGCUACAAAUAUCUGCCAGUGUCACGACCAAAGGAAAAGGUCCUGGUUGAGUUUAUCUUGCGCAAGAAACACCCUCGUUUGGAUUUGAAGGAAAGCGUGAGCGAGGACAGCGAGACGUUGUUUGAGAGGCCAAAAGGAGAGGAGAACGACGACGUAAAUAAAGACAAAAACUGCAACACCGAACAAAUACAUGUAUGCGAGAGAACAGAUGAAGAGGUUGAAGCCAGCAGGAUAAAUCAAGCAGCAGUAUUGUUGGAUGAGAACAUAUUUGUUCCUUAGGGUAGGCUAGAUGGCAGGGCCGGGGACAUUACAUUCCUUUAAGAAUUCAAAUUGUGUGUUAAAAGGUAGAAUUUUUCAUUUUUCUUCUCAAGAUAAUACAUCAAGUAGAAUGGGCUUUUAAGCAUACAAUAGUGAAAUAUGAUAUUCAGUUACUGACAUAUUUCAUUGCCAGUAGUCUAUAAGACAGACGUUCUCGAUGUGUUGCAUUAAAAUGAUGUUUUCAUGGGUGGGAUCAUGGAAGCAACAGAAAAUCAGCAUUGGCAGUUAUGCAGUGGUCAGUGGUCCCUAUACCUCCUCAAUCCACUCAGGCAAUACCUAUUUAGUUGACACUCAACAUUUUAUUCUAGAGUAUGAAUAAGACACUAAUUCACCCAGCACUUCGCCAGUGCAUGCAGAUGCCACUACUGUUUUGAAAUAUGGCGUUGUAUACUUUGACAUGGAUAUUUUUUCGGAAGUCUUAAGUCUGUGGGAGAGGGUGGGUACAGGAUUCGCAUUGACUGCUGCAUUAGUAAAUGAGAGGAAACCAGUUGAAUUGCCUGUGAAUACUUGAUUUCUUCUGUAAAACAGGAUCACUUGAAACUUCACAAGUCUUGACCUCAUUUUAAACAAUACAAGGUGUAACCGUCCAAUCGAUUCAGAUAUUCUGACUUAACAGUUUUUAUGUCACAUGACGUAUUUGCAUUGUUAUAUUGCAUGGUGUUCUUAUAGUAUGAUGUUGUCUGUACAACCCGAAAUUCCUUCGACUACAUAAUCAAGACUUUAAGAUGGAAGCCAUAGUGUUUUUUUUAUGACACAUUUUGGCCGAUAUCUGCCAAUAAUUUGAGAGCUGUUGCAUAUCGGCUGGGAUUUGAUGCUCUGCAGCUUGCUCCAAAAUGUGACUCGCUCUACAUCUGAACUUGACAGGUUGAUACGGACUUGUUGUUCAUUUCCCUAUUGUAGACCUUUUGUGAAAUCUAUUACAAACUGAUUUGGUCACAUUUCACAAAAGGUCUACAAUAGGGAAAUGAACAACAAGUCCAUAUCAACCUGUCAAGUUCAGAUGCGACAAGCGCCUAGUUUUGGUAGAGCGGGUCACAAAUGUGUAUGUAAACGAUCUUUGCCCAAUGCUUAAGUGCAAAGACUAGUGGGUUACAGGAAUGAGCAAUGAACACAGAUAAUGCUGCAAUUGUAUUUUGAUGCCAGAAAUCCCAAUAUUGUUGUUGUUUAGUUUAUGUGAUUUGAUUUAGAAAAUUAUUUUUCUUGGCACAACGAAAUAUCAGUACCGGCAAGAAUAAGACUUUAUUGUUCUGCAUGAUGUCUUUUUGAAACAGACUGUAUUUUUGUUUAUUUUGUUUGAUAAGUUUUAUAAAUAAAUAGUUCUGUACUUAUGAUAUUGUAUGGUA